AUGGAUGCCUUUGACGAGUUCCUCGGGAAGGCCGAUCUGGCCGGAUACAAGAGCGUCUUUCUCGACAACGAAUGCAACACCGUCGACCUGCUCCUUGCCCUCAAGGAGAGCGAUAUGAAGGACCUGGGGAUGAAGGUUGGCGGGAUCAAGAGACUCCUGAAGGCACAGGCCGACCAUGGAUCCGCCAAACCCGUCGCCGCCGCCCAGCCUGUCAUUCCUGCUCCCAAAGCCGCCAUCAAGCCACCAGUCCAGACGAUGAACUCACAGGACUAUACUCCCGUCGCUCCGGCCGGCGAGUGGAGGUGCCAGCUGGAUUACGGCGACCACGAUGUGUUCAUCAGCACCGCCAUCGACUGA